CCUAGUGGCAGAGGGAGGGGUCUCCGCUGAGCGUGUUGUUGUCUGUUGCUGCCUGGGACAAGCAGAGCUGCCAAGGUCGGUGAAAGUACUGCCCGGACCAACACUUCGCUUCAUCUUAAAAAGUACUACCCGCAGAGGCAUACAGAGACAAAGACAAAGCGGAUGAUAUAGACAGCAACCCGAGGUCCUCCACCCGAGAAGAAACCAAAUGGGGAAUCUGUUAAAAGUGCUCACUUGCACUGAGCUUGAACAGGGGCCCAACUUUUUCCUUGACUUUGAAAAUGCACAGCCAACAGAAGGAGAGCGAGAUGUGUGGAACCAGGUGAACUCAGUCCUGCAGGACUCGGAGAGUAUCCUGUCAGGCCUGCAGGCGUACAAAGGAGCCGGUCAGGAGAUCAGAGAUGCUAUUCAAAACCCAAACGACUUCAUGCUGCAGGAGCGGGCAUGGAACUCAGUCUGUCCGCUCGUCAUCAAACUCAAGAAGUUCUACAGUUUUUCUCUCAGACUCGAGGAGGCCCUGCAGAGUUUGUUGGAGUGCCUGACCUGUCCGCCCUUCACGCCCACUCAGCACCUGGAGAGGGAGCAGGCGCUGGCUAAACAGUUUGCUGAGAUCCUCCACUUCACUCUGCGCUUUGAUGAGCUCAAGAUGAGAAUUCCUGCCAUUCAGAACGACUUCAGCUACUACAGAAGAACCAUCAGUCGAAACCGAAUAAACAACAUGAAUUUGGAUAUUGAGAAUGAAGUCAACAACGAGAUGGCCAACAGGAUGUCCCUGUUCUACGCUGAGGCCACACCCAUGCUGAAAACACUCAGCAAUGCAACCACAAACUUUGUGACAGAGAAUAAAACUCUUCCACUGGAGAACACAACAGACUGUCUCAGCACCAUGGCCAGUGUUUGUAAAGUCAUGCUGGAGACACCGGAAUAUUCAAGUCGUUUCAGCAGCGAGGACACACUCCUGUUUUGUAUGAGGGUGAUGGUCGGAGUCAUCAUUCUUUACGACCAUGUCCACCCAAACGGCGCCUUCAACAAGUCCUCCAAGAUAGACAUGAAAGGCUGCAUAAAAGUCCUGAAGGAUCAGCCGGCAGACAACGUAGAAGGCCUCCUGAACGCCCUCAAAUUCACCACGAAACACCUGAACGACGAGUCCACUCCGAAGAACAUCCGGACGAUGCUCCAGUAAUGUUUCAGUUUCUUUUAUAUAUAAAUAGAUAUGAAGAGGAUCAAUGCUCUGACCUCAAAUAAGAUGUAAAUGUUUACAAUAUUUAAAAAGACUCGGUGUUAAUACUCGUGUGUAUUCGCAUAGUCCUUCCCUCCUGCAGAACAAGCAAACCCUCUACUUUGCAAAAAGCAUCACAUGAAAUGCCUCGACUGUUAACAGCUGUUAAAGCACACACGAUGGAUACCUAUCAGCCUUAUAUGACGGAGCUUUGGAAGCAGCACUUGGAAACAAAUGAACGAGGCAGCAUUAAAAAUGGCCUUAAAGCAUCUCUUCAAUCUUUGAUUUGACAAUGGAAUCAGUUUGAUGAACAGGUUUUUGGUCUAAAUCAACUUUAAAUAUAAAUCUGUUUAUGAACAUUAACACUUUAAAUUCUGACAGGUCGUUGUUGUUUAUAUCAAAAUCAAGAGAAGUCAACUUGUGUUCAGAAAGUGAAGUUCUUCCUGUGUUUAUUUCUUGAUAUUUAAGUUGAGCAGAUGAAAUCAAUCAAUGUUGCAGUGAAGGGCUAAAUAUUGAGAGCAGAUAAGGGAUGGAUCAGUAUGUAUGUUUUUGUUCUAAGCAUUAAAAGUGUUUUCUCUUUUUUUUUUAAAUAGUCAGCUGUUGUUUCAAACUCUAACCGUGUGCACCGAUUUAAAAAAAAAACUAAAAAAAAAACUUCCACUGUGAACACAGCAAAGGCACGCCGGGGGGAGAGAUGUCAGAGUUAGCUUUACUUUAGAAACGGCGGUGAUGAUGAUGAUGCAACAUGAAAUCCAAUCAACCCAUCAAAUGUUUUAUUUAAUGUUUUUUUGUGUGGCGAUGUUCUGAAUGAUGGUUCAUGUUUGCCAUGUUUUUAAGUGGCUUUUUUGAGGCUUUUGUAUUAAACAGAAAAUCUCUAAAUAAUAAACGUUUUUUGUUUCUUUACUCGUUUUUUUUUAUUUUUUAAACAAAAAUGUCCUCAUUGAGAUCAACUUGUUUAACACUCUAUGCCCUAACGGGUAGAAGGAUAAGCUCGCCUUGUUUUACUUUCAAAGACCAAUAAGAAAAGAUACUUUCUCAUUAACAUCCUCUAAAUGUCCCGCUUCAACCUGAACUUCUGAAAUCUGCCUUAAGUUGAACUGCUGAAGGAACUGAAUCAUUUUGUAGAUGAUCAUUAAUGAGCAUUUAUGGAAACCUAUCGUGUAUUUAUGAACCACCUUCUAACAUUACACUGUUCUUAGUUUUCAUCUUUGUGCAACAGCCGCUUCUAACUUCUCUUAAACUGCUCAGAGGGUCGGACAAUCUCAUCAUUCCUGACUGUUGCACGCUGCUUUAAGUUAAACUUUGUUAUAGUAAGCUGUUCGCUAACCUUCUUCUUUGCAGGGGAAUAACUGAGCAGUCAUUUAUUGAGCCCGACUGAUAUGAAAAUGUUUGAGGCCGAUAUUGAUAUUGGGAAGAGAAAAAAAUCAGAUACCGAUAUAUCGGCCGAUAUUUGUCUUAGAUCUAUGAUGGAUCUGUAGAGAUAGAUAAAUAUAGAUAUACACAUUUGUUGGGUUGAUCCCUCAAAUGCAGUUAUCAACACUUGUGGAAAAGAUGUAUUGGGAAGACAAGAUGGUCACUCAACUGGAAAUUAACUGCAUGUACAUGCAUCACUGCUUGACACUCUGGAGAGUGAUAGUGCGCGUUGUUAUAGAGCACUCUGCUGGUGACAGCCAGAAAGAGAUCUGCUAAUGUUAUACAAAGAUGCUCAAAUGAAAUGCUAUUUCGGUGCUGAAUAAAUCUAUUAAUAUCGGCUCAUAUCUGCCAUAAAAUAAGUCAUUUCCAAUCAUUCCCGGAUAUGCUAAUAUCGGCUGAUAUUAUCGGCUAGCUGAUUAAUCAGUCGGGCUCUCUAAUUUAUGAUCUAUCAUAUUCAAUAACAACCUGCCCACUCCACACAGUCACGCCCCCCUGUGAUAUCAGAACAAGGACAUGUUUGUGGCUUGUUGCCUUAAAGACCUGUGAAACCUGUCGAGACAAUAUUUGUAUGUUUCAUCUAUUCUUUUACAAUACAUUCUGUAUUCAUGAACACGUUAACAUUCAGUCUGUUGAUUUCACAUUAACAUGCCGGGUAUGUCCUAUUCUUUAAGCUCAAGUUGUUUUUUGUGUUUCUGUUGUAUUUAGUAAUAUAUACAUGUGUGUGAGCCAUACUUUGAAUGAAAUGUUUUAUAUGCAACCAGUUAAAAAAAAACUGUUCUGGAUGAGACUUAGAGCGAGGUGUAUGUAUGAUACUGAUAUUUCAUAUCUGACUGAAGCGGCUUUAAAGACUAAAACAAAUCUUCUGUCGACCUUGAUGUACACGAAGCUUCUCUCUCUGCCAUAGAUAUGCUACUACUGUGUGCUGUAUGCAAGAUGUUUUGAAUUCUGACACAAAACGUGUUGUUUCUUUUGUCUUAAACUGACAGUUUGAUAUCUUUUGAGACUCAGUGUUUAUAUUAAUUGCUUUGGCUUUGUUUUGCAAAUUGAACAGGAUGUGUGGAUUGGAUAAUAAAGGUGGUACAUUUCUUAUACAGAA